AGAAUUUAUUGGACCUUUCUUUGUCUGCUUUCUUUGAAUUUCAAUAUGCUGUUUUGAAGUCUCAUGGCAUGCUUAGACAUGUAUAACAACUCAGAGCACAGCGGUCAUCCCUGCACUCCAAUGAGCCCCAGAAUCUCCUUCUCGAGCGAUUUUGUUGAUGUUCAGCAAGCUAUCAAGCAGGAAAGGCUUUCCAGAGACGCUCCAGCUUCCCCAGACUUCGAGUUUUCUGUCACAAACUAUUCAAUGAUGAGCGCCGACGAGCUUUUCUAUAAAGGCAGGUUGUUGCCCUUCAAGGAUGAACGCAGCAACCAGAUGCAGAGGACCACCACAACUCUCAGGGAGGAGCUCCUUCAUGAUGAUGAAUACGAAGAUUUCUCGCAAAGGCCACCCAAGGGAUCAUCCUCAAGAAGGAAGGGGUUUAUGGGUCUUAGAAAAAGUCAUUUUGGCUCCAAGAAAGCUGAUAAAAGUGAAGGUUCUUCGGACGCAAUGGUUGGGGGAAGAAGGUCUAGAUUAGUGAAUGAAUCUGCUCGAGUUAAUGUGACUUCCCAGGAUUCGUUGAAUGAUGGAAGCUCAGGCUCCUAACAUGAUAGAAGCAUGGUUGGAAGCGUUGAAUUCUUUGAGGAAAUUCCUUCG